AUGACAACACCGGAAGCCAGACCCACUAUGCUGAGUAAAAAACCCUCGGGGGCACCUACUAGCCCUUUCCAAAAAUCAAAAUCUCCUAUCAAUCCUGCACAUGGUCAGAAAAAGCCAGACUUGCCCAAAUCUUCAAACUCUCUUCGGAAGUCGGCCAACAGCAUUCCUACGAAGCCGUGCAUACCUCCAGGUUUGAAGGAAUCUGUCAGCAAGAGUGAAAAGGGCAGCCGUCCCCCAAAUCUACCAAAGCCAGCCGAAAAGUUUCCAAUUUCUCGGGAGACUGAGGGAGACGGGGGAGUAAAAAUUCAUAACGCGGAAAUACCAACAAAGUCUAUCGAGGAUGAUGAAGGCCCUAUCAAUUUGAUCGACAAUACGCCGAUCUCAGAGGGAGACGAAGCGAAUGGGGAACAGCGUGAAAAUGCCGUAAGUGAGCUACCUCAGGCUUCUGGGUCGACAGGGAAAUCAUAUUUUCAACGUGGCAAAGACGCCGCAUCUGGUAUUGCAAACUUUGCGAACAAGGCCAGCAAGUUUCAUUCUCAGCUUCCUAAUUCUAUUAAGAAAGAGGCUGCAAGUCACAUGCAGACGGGCAUGCGGCGCAUUACGACCAUGGCCCAGCCCGCAGCUGAUGGAACAGGAGGCAGAGUUGAAGAGAUAACGCAGAGAACUUCGAAGAUUCCGACAGAUCUCUCUUCUUUGUCUGGACUUCAAGUUGGUGAAGAUGGGUUGGUCUUAGAUGGGGACGGCAAUCAAGUUGGCCGACUGGCUGAGGGCGACGCAGAAGAUAUUGCUGGUCAAAUUAUCAGCGAGGAUGGAGAAAUUCUCGAUGAAGAUGGUGACUUGAUUGGGCGCGUGGAGCUUCUCAGCGGUGUUCGGGCAGCAAAAGCACCUUGUGGCCAAAAUGUCCUGGGCUUAAAAGACCUUGCAAACCUACCUCUUGGGGAAGAUGGGACAAUCAAAGAUCAGUCUGAUCGAGUAUUGGGAAAGCUCGUCGAAGGUAACCUUGAGGAUUUGGUUGGUUGGACGGUGGAUGAAAAUGGUGAGAUACUCGAUCAGGAUGGUGAUUUGGUGGGCCGCGUUGAGCUGCUUCCUUCUGAUGAAGUUGAUGAGAGGCUUGACCAGCCAGGUGACUCGCUGCCAGGCCUGUCCAUUUUGAAGGACAAAGCCAUCGAUGAAGAAGGGAAAAUACUGGAUGAAGACGGCAAUCUGCUUGGCCGAAUCAAAGACGAUCAAGACCCGGAUGCUUUGGUUGGUAGAGCGGCGAACGAACAAGGUCAAAUUCUGGGUGAUGAUGGACAGAUCAUUGGGGAAGUUGAGGUAGUUGCUGGAGAGGUUGCUGACAAGGCAAUGGCAGCGCAGCAAGAGGCAGUACGGCAGGCCGAAGAAGAUAUUUCUAUCCUUGAUGGACUCCACGUCAACGAAGAAGGAUUGAUCACUGACCCCAGUGGCGCCGUAGUCGGUGAGCUGGACAGUGGUGAUUUAUCGAAAGCCGUUCGUAUGACUGUGAACGAAAAAGGCCUGGUGUUGGAUGAUGAUGGCAAUAUUGUAGGCAAAGCACGUUUGGCUGCCAAAGAUCAGAUCGAAGAGACCGAGGAAACUGCCGAAAAUACCGUCCAGCCAUUGCCACCCCUUUCCACGCUGGAAGGUAUGAAGUGCAACAAACUCGGAAAAAUUUUCAAUGAGGAUGGGAUCCCUGUUGGUGAACUUGUCGAAGGCGACCCCAAGAGGCUUAGUAAAGACAGUGUCGAGCUCGACUCUGAGGGUCAAUUCUGGGACAACAGGGGCAGAAUCAUUGGCAAAGCCCACACUCUUCCCAUGGAUGAGGACCAAGAGAAAGGGCCAUUUGCGGAUCUAGAUGAGCCUUUUGUUGCCGAAGAAGGUUGGGUCCACGACGUCAAUGGGAACAAAGUUGGACAGAUUGUUGAGGGUGAAAUUGGAAAACUUCUUGGACGAGCCGUCGAUGACGAUGGUGAUAUCCUAGAUAAACGCGGUAAUCUGCUGGGUCGGGCAGAACCGUGGGAAGCAGUCGAGCCAGAGCCGGAGAAAUCCGUCGAUUUGACAGAAUUAGAGGGUCUCACUCCUAAUAAACUUGGAAAUGUCAUGGGUCCAGACGGAGUUCCCAUUGCUCGGGUCAGUGAAGGAAACAUCAAACAACUAGCUGACAAAAAGAUCGAUGCCCGGGGCCAGAUAUGGAGUGAUGUUGGUGAAGUCAUCGGACAGGUCAGUCUUAUUCCUGAAGACGAACGGGAAGCUAUCACACCCUUUGGAGGGAUGGGAGAUCUAGUGGUCCGGAAAACUGGCUUUGUCGAGGAUGAAACUGGUUCGAUAGUUGGCAAGAUCGUCGAAGGCGACCCUCAGAAAUUGCAAGGCCUCCUUGUGGAUGAUGAUGGAGACAUUCUUGACAAGCGAGGCAAUUUGAAGGGACGGGCUGAGCCGUAUACUCCAUCGGAGGAAGAGGAGGAAGAAGAGGAAGAUGAUCUAUCCGUUCUUGAAGGGAUGAAGGUCAAUAAGCUAGGAAAUGUCGUGGAUGAAAAUGGCUCCGUGUGGGGACGCCUCAUCUCUGGGAAUCCUAAGAAGCUGGCAGGCAAGCAAAUCGACGCGGAAGGUCAAAUCUGGAGCGAUGAUGGAAAUGUUCUCGGCUCUGUUGAACUGAUACCUAUAUCUGAGCGAGAGCAGGGGGAAGGUAUUUUCUUUGGGCUCGACGGCCUAGUUGUCACCAAAGACGGAACCAUCACAGACAUUGGCGGCCAAAUUGUCGGAAGGCUUGUUGAAGGAGACACGUUUCGACUACAAGGUCGUGCCGUUGAUGAGGAUGGAGAAAUUAUCGACAAAGUAGGAAACGUCAUAGGCCGUGCAGAGCGUUGGGUCCCGGAGGAAAAGCUUCGCAACGUCAGUCCGAUGAGUGGUCGAAAAGUCAACCGGGAGGGAGAAGUACGCGAUGAAGAUGGAAAUCUCAUCGGUCAACUCACAGAUGGCAAUCUCAAGUCUCUAGCUGGCAAAACCAUUGACGACAAUGGCUACAUCGUUGACAACGAUGGUAAUAAAAUCGGCGAGUGCACAUUGCUAGAACACUUACCCGAGCCCGAGCCCGAGCCCGAGCUCGGGUCUGAGCAAGAGGAUCUCGAGUUGUCACCUGAGGAGCUAGAGCAGAAAGAAAAGGAGGAACAUGAUCGAGAGUUGGCGAAGAAUAUGUCUUCGAUUAUACAACAGACAUUUGAUUCCGUUGAGCCUCUUUGCAAACAGAUCUCCGAGCAUAUUGAGAGAGCCGACCGCACACCCCGAGACGAGCUUGAUGAGGAACAGCUUGUAAAGACAGUAAAGCCUAUUAUCGAACAAGCUGGCAAUAUACUGCAAGAGUGUAAAGGGGCCCUUCGUGCUCUGGAUCCCGAUGGUCAAAUUGCAGCGUCUGCAAAAGCCAGAAGUGUCUCGCACGAAGCAACAUCGGAAGAAUAUCAGUUGGCCGAUCUUCUCAAGCAACUGUCGCAGACAAUCUCUACCACAAUUGAGAAUGGUCGUCGGCGAAUAGCAGAUAUGCCUCAUGCGAAGAAGAAGAUCAAUCCACUUUGGUCUGUGCUUUCUGAGCCCCUUUUCCAAAUUAUUGCGGCCGUUGGUCUACUCCUGAGUGGAGUCUUGGGGCUUCUCGGUAAACUCCUGAAUGGGCUUGGUCUUGGAGGCCUUGUCCGGGGGCUUCUUGGUGGUCUGGGAAUUGAUAACCUUCUCAGUGGUCUUGGUCUAGGUAAUAUCGGCGAGAAACUGGGCAUGUCAGGUUAA